UCAGAGAGUGGUUUGGUCCAUUGUUAAGGAUAUCUGCUCCUCCACCGUGGCUCGAAAUCAGAGCCGCUCCUUCAGCUGACAACAUGGCGAGUGUUCGUGCUGCCUCCAGACUCCUCUCCAACAGGGUUUUAUCUACAACUAAAGCAGUCCCUGCUGCUGCAGUUCAGGGAUCCAGGAACUUUCACUUCUCCAUCUAUGGCAAGAAAACAAGUGCCAAAAUAUCAGAUGAUAUUUCUACUCAGUACCCCGUGGUGGAUCAUGAGUUCGAUGCGGUGGUGGUAGGAGCUGGAGGAGCAGGACUCAGGGCGGCUUUUGGCCUGUCUGAGGCUGGCUUCAACACUGCCUGCGUCACCAAGCUCUUCCCCACCAGGUCUCACACCGUCGCUGCACAGGGUGGGAUCAAUGCAGCGCUGGGGAACAUGGAGGAGGAUGACUGGAGGUGGCAUUUCUACGACACAGUGAAGGGAUCUGAUUGGCUGGGAGACCAGGACGCUAUUCACUACAUGACGGAGCAGGCUCCUGCAGCCGUAGUGGAGCUGGAGAACUUCGGCAUGCCGUUCAGCCGCACUGAAGAUGGGAAGAUCUACCAGAGGGCCUUUGGAGGUCAGAGUCUCAAGUACGGAAAAGGAGGCCAGGCCCACCGCUGCUGCUGCGUAGCAGACAGGACAGGACACUCGCUACUGCACACACUUUAUGGACGGUCGCUUCGUUACGACACCAGUUACUUUGUGGAGUACUUUGCCCUGGACCUGCUGAUGGAAAAUGGAGAGUGUAAAGGAGUGAUCGCUCUCUGCAUGGAGGACGGAUCUAUUCACCGCUUCAGAGCCCAGAACACUGUCAUUGCUACUGGGGGUUAUGGAAGAACCUAUUUCAGUUGCACAUCUGCCCACACUAGCACAGGAGAUGGAAAUGCAAUGGUGACCAGAGCUGGCCUGCCCUGCCAGGAUUUGGAGUUUGUACAGUUCCAUCCCACUGGGAUCUACGGAGCUGGCUGUCUGAUCACAGAGGGUUGCCGUGGCGAGGGAGGGAUCCUCAUCAACAGUGAGGGAGAGCGCUUCAUGGAGCGCUACGCACCCAACGCCAAAGAUCUGGCCUCCAGAGACGUGGUGUCUCGCUCCAUGACCAUAGAGAUCAGAGAGGGCAGGGGUGUUGGUCCAGAGAAGGACCAUGUGUACCUGCAGCUUCACCACCUGCCCCCCCAGCAGCUGGCCACGAGGCUGCCUGGCAUCUCAGAGACGGCCAUGAUCUUCGCCGGAGUCGACGUCACUAAAGAGCCCAUCCCCGUCCUGCCCACCGUUCACUACAACAUGGGUGGAGUACCCACAAACUACAAGGGACAGGUGAUCACUCAUACUGACGGAAAGGAUAAGGUGGUCCCUGGGCUGUAUGCCUGCGGUGAGGCGGCGUGUGCCAGCGUCCACGGGGCUAACCGGCUGGGCGCUAACUCUCUGCUGGACCUGGUGGUCUUCGGCAGAGCGUGCGCCCUCACCAUCGCCGAGGAGCACAAACCUGGAGAGGAACUGUCUCCUCUGGCGCCCAGCGCAGGAGAGGAGUCUGUGGCCAACCUGGACAAGCUGAGGUUCGCCAACGGAAGCUUGAGGACCUCCGAGAUUAGGCUCAACAUGCAGAAGGCCAUGCAGGCCCAUGCCGCCGUGUUCCGUACCGGCUCCGUUCUGAAGGAGGGAUGCGACAAGAUGGACGCCAUUUACCAGACCCUGGAUGACAUCAAGACCUUUGACAGAGGCAUUGUGUGGAACACAGACCUGGUGGAAAGUUUGGAGCUGCAGAAUCUGAUGCUGAACGGCGUCCAGACCAUCCACUCAGCCGAGCAGAGGAAGGAGAGCAGAGGAGCCCACGCCAGAGAGGACUUCAAGGACCGAAUCGAUGAGUAUGACUACUCAAAGCCCCUGCAGGGUCAGGAGGAGACGCCCUAUGACGAUCACUGGAGGAAACACACUAUGUCCUACGUUGACCCCAAGACUGGAAAGGUGACCCUCAAGUACCGGCCUGUCAUCGACCACUCUCUGGACGAGCAGGCCUGUGCCCACGUCCCUCCGGCCAUCCGCUCCUACUAAGAAGAUCUCCUCUACCUCUCUCUCCUCUCCGCUCACAUCCACUUCACUCCUUUAUCUGCUAUUUAUGAAGAUACCCUUCCUGUAAUAGAGAUGACUUUUUUGGGGACAAGCUAUGCUUAUAUAGUUGUGUAUCCAUUUUAGAACGGUUAAAUACAAAACUGUCUUGUCUUUAAACUUCAUGUCUUCGUCUCUGCCUUGAUUUAAUCUGCGUGCAGCUGAUAAGAUUUCAACAUGUGAUCUCUCACAUCGUGUGAGCUGCUCUUGUAUAUUUCACGAGGCACUCGAGACAGUUGAGUGACCUUUCAGCCUCUCGCUGACGAACAAAAAAAGAUAUAUUUAACACGUGUUACACCACUCAAACUUGGCUUUUCUGUGAUGACGCCAUACUGUCAUUUCCAAGUCUUGCAUUGCGUUCUUUAAAUAUAUAUAUUUUUUUCUGCUUUCGCUUUCUGAAGUGAAGAGAUGAUGGAAAUUUGAAAUGCAAACACGGCGCCGACGAGCCACAGAGGGGAAGCUUUAACGUAUGUAAAUAUUGCGUAAAUGUACAACACACAUGACGAGUUGUACUUUGAAUGUACUUGUUGAAGCAUGAGGUAGUCUUUUUCUCACUCGUUAUGGCCUUCAGUCUCCGAUACUGUUUGUGAUGCUUCAUGUGUGUGGUCCAAAUUAUAAAGUAUAUCUUAAACUCAGUAGAUAAUCAGCUCUUUACUCUAAAGGUUAACCAAACUAAGCAGCUUGAUGAUGCGUGUAAUGUAUUUAGCUACAAUAUGGCGCCACAUGAGGUGAAACAAUGGCUUCUUUAUACAUUUGGCUGUUGCCUUGUCUGAAAAUUGAGGAUAAAAAAAAACCUUCUUAGGUUGCUGAUAAGUGUUCUUUCAGAAGUAAUUAAUUAUUCUGAGCACCAACAUCGGAGCCAGCUGGAGAUGCUUCAAGAGCACCUGUGGUAAGAGCUCUUUCCAUUAACUGUGUGGUGGAGAAUUGAUGGGAAAUCAACUUUAGCUGGAACUAGACACGUGUGACUGAAGGAUCGGUGCCGUCACUUGAACGUAUUGCACAAAUUCACACGCAAUGCUUCUUGUACUGAAUCGUUAAAAGGGAGACUUAACUUAUUUGUGUUCUGCCAUGUGUAUUAUUAUUUUCAUAUGUUCAAUAAAGUGUAGGCUAUGUAUAGAAACGAGA